AUGAAGCAGCACACUACUUCCAACAUUCGCCUGUGCUCGGAAUGCCGAACCGGGUACAUAAUGUCCGAUGACCUCCACCCGCGCUGCGAGUCCUGCCUCGGCCCGGAACACGCCGGUCGGGCACUCACCCCCGGAGCUAACUGCGCGUUCUGCAAACUCCUCGAGGAGCCAGAGAGACGCAGACGAGCUGAGGCUUACGCUGAGAUGGACGGCGAAGGGUUCGCCUCGCAGCGCGCUUUUAGAUUGGACGACGCCAUCGAAUUUUUUAAUGAUGAUCGUGGACCGGAGUCAGCCGACUCCGCUCCCGGAGCUGAAGAGCAUUAUCCUCCCGUAGGUUCCCCCCUCGGGACCGAGGGGUCGGACCACACAGACACUCCGGUGUCCGCUCAGCCUUCGGGCAUUGGUGCCCUCGUGCAGCUGAUGCCAGCAAUGAUUGAGAAGGCGGCGACUUCCAGGCAGCUGUCGGUGCCAUUUCCGCAGGUCGCGGCUACGCCAGAUAACCUCAUCGGGGUCGUCGCACCGGCACAGCCGAGCUUGGCCGCUGUCUUCGGCUUGAAGGUGAAUCCGCUCGGGGGUCGGCGCCCUGUACCGCCUUCCCCUACGGGCCAGACGAUGACGAGACUGGCGGACCGCUCACACCAGUGCGCCGUCCAGACAGUGGCAGCGGCUAACAAUGUAGUGUUACUGUCCCACUGGUUACACUCCAUGUCUCUAGAGCCACACCUCCUGGCUGAGACCUUGGGUGCGUCCAUCGCGGUGGCGGGUUCCCGCAUCUCAUCAUGGCAGACGCUCGUUCAUCGAGGUGUCUGGCUGGAGCGCUCCAACCUCUCGGAGGGGCUGAGGAAGGAGCUCCUGGAGGCUCCGAUUAGUCCGGACGGACUCUUCGGGCCUCGGCUGCAGACGGCGCUCGAAGAGUGCAGAAAACAGCAGAUGAGGCCGACAGGUUCCGGAGACACCUGUCUCAGGUUUCUCGUCCACAGGAUCCCUGGCGAGACCACCGGGCUCCUUCUUACCAGCGGUCGAGGCCAGCUGAACGACAGAAUCCUCGGUGGAAGAAUCGGCACCCGGCCUCGUCUGACCGCAAGUGCAGUUGAGAGCCUGUGUGCCCCGGGGGCUUCUGCUCAGCCCUUUCGCUGUGAGCCCCCCAUGGGUUGUUCCGGAGAGUCCUCCGAUGCGAACAACGGCGGUCAAGGCUCUGGCUUGGCUCGUCACCAUGACAACCACAGAGCACCAAGCAAGUGCGCGCCCCCUCUCAGAGCAUUACUCAGAUUAGAGCUACAGGAACUUUUGAGGAAAAAUGCAAUUUCCAAAGUUCCCCAGGGAGAGGAGACACAGGGUUUUUACUCCCGUUAUUUCCUGGUUCCGAAAAAGACGGGAGGAGUGAGACCCAUCCUCGACCUGUCUCUGUUCAACAAGUCGAUCAUGGAGAGGCGGUUUCACAUGCUCACGAUCAAACAAGUGUUGGAGUGUGUUCACCAGGGAGACUGGUUCACCUCCAUAGAUCUGAAGGACGCAUAUUUCCACGUGCCGAUCGUUUCGAAGCACAGGAGAUAUCUGCGCUUCUCAUUCCAGGGGAUACAGUAUCAGUACAACCGCCUGCCGUUCGGUUACUCCCUGGCUCCUCGCACUUUCUCCAAGUGUGUGGAGACGGCGCUGGAGCCGUUACACAGGACAGGGAUGAGAGUGCUAUUCUACCUGGACGACCUGCUAUUAUUAGCUCGCUCCAGGGAGGAAGCUGCGCUACAGACAAAGACACUGGUGUGUCAUUUGUCGAGCCUGGGCUUCACAAUCAACUGGAAGAAAAGCUCCGCUCUCCCCGCCCAGUUCGUGACGUAUCUGGGGGUGGAGUUAGACUCCGUCAGCAUGAGAGCGCGGCUCUCACAGCAGCGAUCAGAGGCUUUGACAGCUCUUCUUCGGCGCAUCACGCCCCCCAAUGUUGUGACAGUUCUCUCUGUCAUGCGCCUGCUGGGCAUGAUGUCAGCAGCUCACGUGGUAGUGCCCCUGGGUCUGUUACACAUGAGACGUCUGCAGAGAUGGUUCAUUCGUCUGCACGUCGAUCCUGUGCGUCAGCGAAGACGCAUGGUUGCCGUUCCUCCCUCAGUGAAAGCAGAUCUAAUCCACUGGAAGAAUCCCCGCACACUGUCAGCGGGAGUGCCGCUGGGAAGAGCUGCAUCACACAUUUCAGUGUUCACAGACGCACUGGAGCUCCUCACGGUGUGGAAAGUACUCCAGCAUUUUGCGCCACUGUUGCGGGAUCAACACAUCCUGGUCCGCACAGACAACAAGGCGACAGCAGCCUACAUAAAUCGCCAAGGAGGAGUGCGCUCCGCGCAGCUGCUUAACAUAGCGAGGCGGCUGCUGCUGUGGACACACACACACUUCCUGUCAGUCAGGGCAGUGUAUAUUCCCGGUGUUUUGAACACGGGAGCGGACAUCAUGUCAAGGGGAGGUCCUCGACAUGGGGAUUGGAGCCUUCAUCCCGAACUGGUGGAUCUGUUCGCCUCUCGCGGAAACGCACAGUGCGCUCUGUGGUUUUCUCUGAGCGUGCGGGACAAUCCUCCGCUGGGAGUGGACGCGUUAGCGCAUCGGCCGUGGCCCAGGACGCUUCUUUACGCGUUUCCACCGGGGCCAUUGAUCCCACGGUUCUUGGAUCGUGUACGGGAGGAACGGCUGUCAGCCAUCCUCGUGGCUCCGGAGCGCACGGGCGCGUCAUGGUUUCCAUGUCUGCAACGGCUGAUCUCAGGGUUACCAUGGGAACUUCCGUGGCGCGGGGACGCUCUCUCUCAGACAGGAGGAGCGAUCAGGAAUUACCCGAUGAUAGGUCAGCGUCUGUGGGCCUGGCCGCUGAACGGGAACAUUUAG